AUUCGGUAGACGUAUUAAUUGGAGGGAAAUUUGAUUAUUAUAAAGCAAAGUUUGGUAUAUAAUUUGAGAAAUGGAGAACAGUUUAGUAAAUUCAAUAUUAAAUUUAUAUAAGGAAAGAAAUUGGAGAUCUAUAGUGUCAGAAUAUCAUGAUCAUCCGGAGAGAAGUAAAUUAUUAUGGGUCUUUCCUGACGAGAAGAACUUUGAAUUUUUGCGUGAUUGUGUUAUUGAAAAUGGAUGCGAUAGUAUCAUAAGUGUUGGAUGUGGAAGUGGACUUUUAGAAUGGAUGAUUAUUGAAGCAACUGGUUUACCAGUAACAGGGAUCGAGGUUGACCAUGCUUGGUGGCAGUGCAAAUACGCACCACCUACUUUUAUUCCAUUAAUUUUAACAUCUCCAACAAUAGAUAAUGCAACAUCAUGUUUAUUGCAAAACGCGAAAACUAGCGCCUUGCUAUUCUGUUAUUUUAAUAAUAGACUAGCAUUUGCUGAAUAUAUGAAGACUCAGGACAUCUACUGGUGAUUAUUGGUCCAGGUUAUGGUAAAGGAGUACAUACAGAUCCAUCGCCAUUUGACGAUCUGGGUGAAGAAUGGAAUUUAUAUAAAUCACAGGAAGUUAGAAACAGUAAAGAUUAUAUUGCUUUUUAUAAAA